AUGGUAUUAUCACUGUUAAAGUUCUUCGGAAUCAAUGCAUUAACACAAAUGGGCCACAACGAUUAUUCGGCCGUCGACACGGACAUAUCGGUGGCCGAAGAAGACGGUUCGACCGGCUUUCACGAUUCGUACAACGUGGGCUACAGCAGACCGGUCGGAAACCCCAACGACGGGACCGGAUGGAGCCCGGCCGGCCAGUCGGCGGGUUACGGCGGGAGCGUGUGGCCAACCAGGGGCCGGCCACCGUACGACAUGGCAGCCCCGUAUCCGCAUCCGGYCGGUCAGUUUAUGGCGCCGGGUUACAAGCAUCACGCGACGUACAACAGCAACAUGCCGCCGGCGUAUUACGCGAACACCCACCGUCCCGCCGAACAGUACAACAUGCAGAGCAACUUGCAACAACAGGUGCAGAUGAUCUACGACAAAGUCGACUGGCACAAGGUYGCCAUGCUGAUUCUGGUCAAAAUCGGACUGGUCAAGCUCAAAAUUUUCGGGUUCCUCAAGAUCCUGUUCUUGCUCGUGUUGAAGCUCAAGCUAUUCUUGAUCGCUAUGUUCUUCAAGUUCCUGUUGAUCUCCAAGCUGAUGAAGCUGUUCAAGUUACUCAUGAUACCGCUCAUCCUGUUAACGCUACUGCCGAUACUCUUGCCGCUCUUGGCGUCACCGAUGCCCAUUACCGGGAUCCUGUCCAUCCCUAGACGCAUAAUUGAAUUCUUAACAGAACCUAUUCCCGUACCAGUAUCGCAGACCUUGGCCUCCAAAUUAUACACGGAUCCCACCGCACUUCCGGGCACGGCGGACGGAAAGAACGGACUGCUGCCGCCGUCGCACAAUAAUAAACCCGAUAACUCGCCAGUGCACGAUARACGCCGGUUGGAGAUGUUAGAGUUGUUCGACCCAGCUCUGACCGUAUUUCGGAAGGUGUUAGACUCAGAAAAGUGCGUGGAAAGAAUAGCGUGUCGUAUGGCUGUUGUUGAAAAGGCCGGCAUACUUCCAGUUUGGAUUAAUUGGAUGCUGUAUCGAGUAGCAAAGGUCAUUCCAAAUGAAAAACUAGAAUCUUAUCUCAAAGUAUAUUCCGAUGUAAAUAAUGUGAUUUAUAACAAGUCGGAUAAUCCUGAAAAUUGGGUGACAUGGUGCUCAGAUCGCUACGACUGCAAUAUUACUAACAUUACGAACAUGACAACAAAUAUGAUAGACGCAAUAUAA